AUGGCUGCUUCUGUGCAGAAUCUCGCAACGUCAUCCUUGAAGUUAGACGGUGCAUCAGCAGCAUCGUUGUCUUUCGAGGCAUUCGAUCUUCCUUCCGGCAAUCAACGAGUCCUUGGCCAACCGCAUCCAGAAGGGACUGUCAUCCCGCUGGCUCUCCGUCCCUCAAGCUAUGGAAACAAAGAACUUGACCUGGACACUGUUGUCGACACCAUCAAGUCUCUUCAGGCCAAUGAUGGCAUCCUAACCAAGAAACUGGCAGUACAUGGAACCCUGCUCUUCCGAGGCCUGCCAAUUCACAAUGCCCAUGAUUUUAGCAAGUUUGCCCAUGCCUUCGGAUAUCAGCCACAUGAAAUCAUCGGAAUUGUUGUCGACCGACCCCUCCUGGCACCCAACGUGGCGCCAGCCAACGAGGCACCAAAAGAAGUUCUGAUCUAUAACCAUAAUGAAUCGCCUCAAGUACCACACGCGCCUGAGUACAUCUUCUUCUAUAGCCACAAAGCACCCGAGAUUGGAGGGGAAACUCCAAUCUCUUCCUCACUCGAGCUCUUCCAUCGAGCCAAGGAGGAAAUACCCGAUUUCAUUUCAGAGUUGUCUGCAAAGGGUGUUCUCAGCAAGGUUACAUACAGGGUGGAUAAACAAUAUGAAGGUGGCUCAACCUUGAAGCAAGCCUUUGGAAAGAAUAUUGAAGACGGUGAUGACGAGGCCACACGACGGGCAAAGAUCGAGGCUCAGAUUGCCCGCUAUGGGCGGGGCAAACACACUACAUUUGAAUGGGUGGAUGAGUCCACUCUCGUCUUGACACACAGACUGCCUGCCAUCCGAACUCAGCCUGACACGCACUUGCCCACGCUCUUCACCGGCCUGGCAGCCUACUGGAAGAACGUGCAGGUGAAUCAGGAUGCUACAGGGCUUGCUCGAAAGAAAGCCGUAGAGCAGUUGUAUGGAGAUGGAACGACUAUUCCUGUCAAGUAUCUCGAGGCUCUUGCCAAGAUAACCGAUGAGAUUCGUGUGCUUCACAAAUGGCAGCGAGGUGAUGUGCUUGUCUAUGACAACAUCAUUGCACAACACGGAAGACAACCCUGGGGAGGAGAACAAUCGUCUCGCGUUGUGCUUGCAAGUCUGUUCGACGGACACAAGGUGCCCGGAGCAUAUUCCUCCGACGACUGGGCCCAGGUUGUGCAAGCCAUUGACGGUUAAUUCGUCAUGGAUGUGUAGCUGAACUGAAU